AAUAAGUUGAGACGGGUCGAUGAUGCCGGUACGGUUCGAUGAGGCCGUUGCGUUAAACCGUCAGUCAGUCUCUGGUCCACCCGAAGCCGCGACGUUAAACGCUUCUAUUCACAUCGAAACUAUCGCCGCACGCCGCAGCCAUGGGUGACAAGAGUGUUUCACAGUGAUCUACGUACAAUACGUCAGUGCUCGAUCCGUACGGCGACUUCCGGUUGUCUGUGCAAGAAGAGAGCUAACGAGUAGCGAGAUUUUAUGAGCGAGAGAGUAAGAGUGUGAAGAAACGGGCGUGAGUGACUAACUAGAAUUAAUUUAACAAAUAUUGUUUGUAAUAAAUAAUUAAUUAUUAACAUUUACUACUGAUUAAAAAGUAUUGAAGUUGGGUGCUACCAAACGGUUGACCAAACGACGAGUAGCUUCACUUAAUAAUUAAUCUAGUUAGACUUAACAAAAGAAGAAGACCCUUUAUUACUCAACUUCUUGACUGUUGUUGACUCGUCGUUAAUUACAAAAUGUCGCGGCGAAAGGCCCCAAAGAAGAAGGGAGAUUUAGAUGAUUUGAAACAGGAGUUGGAUAUUGAUUUUCAUAAAAUCACAAUUGAAGAGCUUUACCAGAGAUUUCAGACUCAUCCAGAAAAUGGACUCAGUCAUGCGAAAGCAAAAGAGAAUCUCUUGAGGGACGGCCCAAACGCAUUGACGCCUCCGAAAACGACUCCAGAAUGGGUUAAAUUUUGUAAAAAUUUGUUCGGUGGAUUCGCCCUGCUGUUAUGGAUUGGAGCGUUCCUCUGUUUUGUCGCGUACGGGAUCCAGGCGUCGACGAGCGAGGACCCCAAUGACGACAAUCUCUACCUUGGUAUCGUGCUCGCAGCUGUAGUAAUAGUAACGGGUAUAUUCUCGUACUAUCAGGAAAGCAAAUCGAGCAAAAUAAUGGAGUCGUUCAAAAACAUGGUGCCGCAAUUCGCGACUGUCCUUCGAGAAGGUGAAAAACUAACCCUGAGGGCAGAGGACCUCGUGCUUGGCGAUGUUGUCGAAGUCAAAUUCGGUGACCGUAUCCCCGCUGACAUCAGAGUAAUCGAGUCACGAGGCUUCAAGGUAGACAACAGUUCGCUAACUGGUGAAUCGGAGCCGCAAUCGAGGUCACCGGAGUUCACCAACGAAAACCCGCUUGAAACAAAGAACCUCGCAUUUUUCUCGACGAAUGCAGUCGAAGGCACAGCCAAGGGUGUCGUGAUUUGCUGCGGAGACAACACUGUAAUGGGAAGAAUCGCUGGUCUUGCCUCUGGGCUAGACACCGGCGAGACACCAAUUGCCAAAGAAAUCCACCACUUCAUCCACUUGAUUACCGGCGUGGCUGUAUUCCUGGGUGUAACCUUCUUCGUUAUUGCCUUUAUCCUGGGAUACCACUGGCUUGACGCUGUGAUUUUCCUAAUUGGUAUUAUUGUAGCAAACGUACCUGAAGGUCUGUUGGCCACUGUUACCGUAUGUCUUACACUGACUGCUAAGAGAAUGGCCUCCAAAAAUUGUCUAGUAAAGAACCUCGAGGCCGUAGAGACACUUGGAUCGACGUCGACUAUUUGCUCUGACAAGACCGGAACCUUGACCCAAAACCGAAUGACUGUCGCUCACAUGUGGUUCGACAAUCAGAUCAUCGAAGCCGACACGACAGAAAACCAAUCUGGCGUGCAGUACGAUCGUACGAGUCCUGGAUUUAAGGCUCUCGCCAAGAUCGCCACCCUUUGUAAUCGAGCUGAAUUCAAACCCGGUCAGGAGGGUGAACCCAUCCUCCAGCGCGAAGUUAACGGUGAUGCCUCUGAAGCGGCUUUGCUUAAAUGCAUGGAGCUCGCACUUGGGGACGUUAUGGGUAUCCGUAAAAGAAAUAAAAAAGUAUGUGAAGUACCCUUUAAUUCGACUAACAAAUAUCAAGUUUCAAUUCACGAGUCCGAAGAUCCUAAUGACCCGCGUUAUUUAUUAGUAAUGAAGGGUGCCCCUGAACGAAUUCUUGACCGUUGUUCCACUAUUUUCAUUGGUGGCAAAGAAAAAGUACUCGAUGAGGAAAUGAAAGAGGCAUUUAAUAACGCGUAUCUCGAACUCGGCGGUCUUGGCGAGCGUGUUCUCGGAUUCUGCGACUACGUUCUCCCGUCCGACAAAUACCCUGUCGGCUUCAAAUUUAACUCUGACGAUCCCAAUUUCCCUACCGAAAACCUACGUUUCGUAGGACUCAUGUCCAUGAUUGAUCCUCCACGAGCUGCUGUACCUGACGCCGUCGCCAAGUGUCGAUCCGCUGGUAUCAAAGUUAUCAUGGUCACUGGUGACCAUCCGAUCACUGCCAAAGCCAUCGCUAAGUCUGUCGGUAUCAUUUCUGAAGGUAACGAGACUGUCGAAGACAUUGCUCAGCGCUUGAACAUUCCCGUGUCAGAAGUUAAUCCACGAGAAGCUAAGGCUGCAGUCGUUCACGGUGGUGAGCUCAGAGACCUUGACUCCGACCAGCUGGAUGAGAUUCUCAGGUAUCACACCGAAAUUGUGUUCGCUCGUACUUCACCCCAGCAGAAACUUAUUAUCGUUGAGGGUUGUCAGCGUAUGGGAGCUAUUGUCGCUGUAACUGGUGAUGGUGUAAACGACUCGCCGGCUUUGAAGAAAGCUGACAUUGGUGUUGCUAUGGGUAUCUCCGGUUCGGAUGUAUCAAAACAGGCUGCCGACAUGAUUCUGCUGGACGACAACUUUGCUUCAAUCGUUACUGGAGUCGAGGAGGGUCGUCUUAUCUUCGACAACUUGAAGAAGUCCAUCGCCUACACCUUGACAUCAAACAUUCCUGAGAUCUCACCCUUCCUUGCAUUCAUUCUCUGUGAUAUCCCACUUCCACUUGGAACUGUCACCAUUCUCUGCAUCGAUUUAGGAACUGAUAUGGUGCCGGCCAUCUCGUUAGCGUACGAGGCACCGGAGUCGGACAUUAUGAAACGCCAGCCACGCGACCCUUACAGAGACAAUUUAGUCAACCGAAGGCUUAUCUCGAUGGCGUACGGACAAAUUGGUAUGAUCCAAGCAGCUGCUGGAUUCUUCGUGUACUUUGUUAUCAUGGCUGAGAACGGUUUCCUUCCACGGGAUCUCUUUGGUAUCAGAAAGAUGUGGGAUUCUAAAGCCAUCAAUGAUUUGAAGGACAGUUAUGGCCAGGAAUGGACCUACAAAGAUCGUAAAGCACUGGAAUUUACCUGCCACACCGCUUUCUUCGUGUCAAUUGUUAUUGUACAGUGGGCUGAUUUGAUCGUUUGUAAGACACGUAGAAAUUCAAUUGUUCAUCAAGGAAUGAGAAACUGGGCCUUGAAUUUCGGAAUUGUCUUCGAGACAGCCCUCGCAGCUUUCCUAAGUUACACACCUGGAAUGGACAAAGGUCUUCGUAUGUACCCACUCAAAUUCGUGUGGUGGUUACCAGCAAUUCCAUUCAUGUUGGCCAUCUUCAUCUACGAUGAAACGAGACGAUUCUACCUCCGCCGGAACCCAGGUGGAUGGUUGGAGCAAGAAACUUACUAUUAAACGGUCAUGUACAGCGAGACGCAUACCCACGCGGAAACACGUAAUAAUAAUAAAAAAAGGAAAAGUAAUAAUAAAAAAGGAAAUAACGGAAGAUCUAAAAUCACUCUCAUACAUACAACACAUGUUAUUAUAACACAGGGCGUGCUACUAUAUCGAUUCGUACUGUCGCGAUGGAGGCUGGAGAUGUGCUUCGUUUGCUAAAUCACAUGGCUCUAGGAUCACUCGCAACUCUAACGAGACCGGAUAAGUGGUACGAACAGUAUAAUUAUAAAAACGCCAUCAACAUCAACAUCAACAUCAACAUCUUCAUUAAAAACAGCUAUAACUAUAAUUACAACAACAACAAACAACAUAUUAAACACUUGGAAGAAUCCAACGAGCCGAGUAUGGACGGUUCGUCGAAUUCGUCUACCCGGCACGCUCCGACGACUAGUUACUUACACGUGAUAGGAAUCUCUAGUAGCCGUAUUUAAAUCAGAGGAUGUGCGCCGUCGAGAUCUUGAGAUUGUUCACAGUUGAGCCAUAGAAAAAUAUUUAAAAUAAAAAAAAAUCUAUUGAAUAUAAUAAUAAUAAUAAUAAAAUAAAAUAAAAAAGCACUGGUGGAUUUAAUUACACAAUAAUAACUACAGAACGUGGAAAUGAGUCACUGCCCUUAAUUCGAAAUUGUCGAAUGAGUUCCGACAUUGAGUAAUAAUAAAUCUUUAUUAUUGAUGGGCAAUGCUGGGGAUUAAGUUAAUGAAGCGUGCAUCCAGCCGGAAAGAUACUGAUGAUAUAAACGACCAAUAGAUAUAUCUAUAUAAAUAUAUGUAUAUGUAAAAAAACAGUGUGAGUAUAUAUGAUGAGCUUUCACGUGAUCAAGAAACAAAGUCGGGUUUGACGGGCCUAAAAAGUUAUUAAAAAAAAAAAAAAAAACAAAUUGUAGAUCGUAGAAUGAGUUUUAAAGAAUUAAUUGAACAAUAAUGGAUAAGCGGGGUAAGCUGACCGUGAUAUAUGUUAUAAUUUAAAAAAUAAAAAUUAUUAAAUAAAUAUAUAAUUGAAACAUGCAUCGAAACUGACAGUGUUUUAACUUAUGGUGACAUUAAUCGUCAGUCUCGUGGGCAUGCUUCGAUUUAAUUUACUUAUUCAAAAUUCAAUCAAGUAUACAACGUUAAAUUUGAUCAAUAUGAGAAAAAAAAUAUUAAUUUUUAAAAAUAAUAAAUAAUAUAUUUAUUAUUAUUAUUAUGAUUAUUAUUACUAUUAUUAAAAAUAAAAUGCGGUCACCGCAAAUGAAGAGAUAUAUAAUUAUUAAUUAUUGAUUAUUAUUAUUAUUAUUAUUAUUAUUAAUUAUUAUAUCUAGAUGUCUUGUGAUAUCAGGGGAAUCUAUAGACCUGUUAAUUAGCGAUUUAUUAUUUUCAAAAAUCAUAAAUAAAUAAUAAUAAUAAUGUACCUUAGAAUUGGCAUGCUUUAAUAUUUAAAAGUAAAAUGUAAAAGAAAAAUUACACAAGGAUGAAUAGACAAUUAAAAUGAUAUAAUUGCUAAAGUGAAAGAUAAUAACUAUUAAAAGUUUGCAGGAUAUUUAUAAAUGUCAAAUUCUCUUUAUAUUAAGCUCUAUUGAUUAAUUAAUUAAUUAUUUAUGAGUAUGAAAUAAAUAAAUAAAUAAAAUAAAAAAUUAUAACAAACAGUACCUAGAUCGGCACGCCCUAUAGAAAAUUGAUUUUUAAAAAAUUAUUUUAAAAGAAAGAGGAUCCAGCUAAGUACAGAUUUAUGGUAUUGAGCGUCAUCAGAUAAAAGUAUACACAUAACACCACUAUUCAGAUCGCGUCACGUUAUUAUUCAAUAAAACUUAAGUGAAAAUGGUAUCAAAAGAUCACUUUUGUUAAAGAACGAAGAGAUAAGAGGGUCGUCAAAAAAAAACAAACUAAACAGCGAUUUUAAAAAUAAUUUAAAAAAACCACAAUAGCAUUAAAAAAAAAAAAAAAAAACGAAUCCAUCGAUGCGCGUGCUCGUAGAUAAGCCAUCAGUAUAAUUAGAAAUUGUAAUAAAAUAAAUAAUAAUGACAACAACCAUUCACUUAUAAGUUUAUGAAGUAGUAAAGUGAGAUAAGGAUAGUUUCUUCAUCAGUCUGGGCUUCAUAAUACCCAUGAGAAACGGCAAACAGAGUUUUCAGUGUGAGCUAGAGUUAGGACACGGCAAAGGUGAAUUAUUUAAAAAUUUAAUAAAAACAAUAAAUAGUACACGCGAAGACGUAGAUGUAGGAUAUUACAGUAACAAAAGUAAAGGGAAAAUACUAAUUAAAAAAAAAAAAAAAAUUAAAAAAAAAAUAACAUUAUAAAUUUAUUAAAAUUAAAAACUAGCAGGUGAAUGGAAGUAAUGCAUUCUCAUGUAGGUUACAAAAAAUAAUGAAAUAAUAACCAAGUAAAUAUAUAAAUAUAUAAAUAAAUAUAAAGCAUUAUUAAUUCUUCUAGGUUUAUUUUUGUUUUGAUAGUUAUAUAAAAUGCAAAGCGAGAAAGCUCGCUUUUAAAAUAAAUUAUUACCCCGGUACGCCGAACGCCCUGUUAUCAGCCGACGGCAUGUCUUAUCAAAAGAAAAAUAAAAACUAUAUAAAUGUAUAAAUAAUAAAGUUAAUGAAAUAAAAGAUAUUAAUUGCGAGCCCUUUACACAAAGUGACUUAAAUACCUGCUACGCGCGACCCUCUCGCUCAAAUAAUAAAAA